AUGCUGAGGACAGGCUUGUCGGGGGCCGGGAAGACGUCGAUUGCCUUCAAGAUUGAGGCGAUUCUCUGCAAACACAAGAUAUUGACGUAUGCCUUAGACGGCGAUAAUAUACGGCACGGACUCAACAAUAACCUGGGAUUCAGUGCUGAGGACAGGACUGAGAACAUCCGACGCAUCGCAGAGGUGUCCCGACUUUUCGCAGAUGCCGGCGCUAUCGUGUUGACUAGUUUUAUCAGUCCCUUCCGACAGGACAGGGAUGCUGUGCGCAGUCUACACAAUGCGGAUAAUUUGCCGUUUUUCGAGAUCUUUGUGGACACGCCUUUCGAUGUAUGCGAGCGCAGGGAUGUGAAGGGACUCUACAAGAAGGCUCGCGCCGGACAGAUCUCCAGCUUCACUGGUCUCGGAUCCGAUUAUGAGCCGCCAUUAGAGCCCGAUCUGGUGCUCAAGACUGAUGAGGAAUCCAUUGAUGAAUGCGUUCAGAAAGUGGUUGAUUUGCUGAUUGUAAACAGAAUUUUGUCGAAAGAGAUCACUCGAGAAAUCAGUGAACUCUUCGUACCGACA